GACUGCGGGCGAGACCUGCGGAAGGACGUGAUGAUUGGCCAAUCAGAGUUCAUCACGAUAGCCCAGUUAGCCAGUAGGACGCUGUGAAGGGGAAAUGGGGCGGGGCCAGCGGGGUUGAGAGGACGGUAGGCGGCGGAUAGGAGAGCUGGCGCAGCUGCUCUGGUGGCAGUGGCUGAAGUGGCGGCGGCUUCGGCGGCUGCGGCGGCUGCAACAGCUUCGGGCUCGGGGUUUUGGCGGCGGCGCCGGCGGGCUGGGCUGCGCGGUGCGGACCCCGGCGCGCGGUCCGGGUUGCUGGGGCGGCGCGUAGAUGGAGUCUUGCUACAUUGCCCAGACUGGUCUUGAACUGCUAGGCUCAAGCAGUUCUCCCACCUUGACCUCCCAAAGCGCUGAGAUUACAGAAGAUGCCUCUAAUGGAGGAGUUUCUGAGCAGCACCCCUGGCCCAGUGGCUUUGAGAGGGAGCUCAAACCAGAGACUAUUUCAAGCCCUGGAUAUCACAUCCUGAGGGCCACAGGAGAAGAGAACAUGGCUGUGAGUUUGGAUGACGACGUGCCGCUCAUCCUGACCUUGGAUGAGGGUGGCAGUGCCCCACUGGCUCCCUCCAACGGCCUGGGCCAAGAAGAGCUACCUAGCAAAAAUGGCGGCAGCUAUGCCAUCCAUGACUCCCAGGCCCCCAGUCUCAGCUCUGGGGGUGAGAGUUCCCCCUCCAGCCCUGCACACAACUGGGAGAUGAAUUACCAAGAGGCAGCAAUCUACCUCCAGGAAGGCGAGAACAACGACAAGUUCUUCACCCACCCCAAGGAUGCCAAGGCGCUGGCGGCCUACCUCUUUGCACACAAUCACCUCUUCUACCUGAUGGAGCUGGCCACGGCCCUGCUGCUGCUGCUGCUCUCCCUGUGCGAGGCCCCCGCCGUCCCCGCACUCCGGCUUGGCAUCUAUGUCCACGCCACCCUGGAGCUGUUCGCCCUGAUGGUGGUAGUGUUUGAACUCUGCAUGAAGUUACGCUGGCUGGGCCUCCACACCUUCAUCCGGCACAAGCGGACCAUGGUCAAGACCUCGGUGCUGGUGGUGCAGUUUGUCGAGGCCAUCGUGGUGUUGGUACGGCAGAUGUCCCAUGUGCGGGUGACCCGAGCACUGCGCUGCAUUUUCCUGGUGGACUGUCGGUAUUGCGGUGGCGUCCGGCGCAACCUGCGGCAGAUCUUCCAGUCCCUGCCGCCCUUCAUGGACAUCCUCCUGCUGCUGCUGUUCUUCAUGAUCAUCUUUGCCAUCCUCGGUUUCUACUUGUUCUCCCCUAACCCUUCAGACCCCUACUUCAGCACCCUGGAGAACAGCAUCGUCAGUCUGUUUGUCCUUCUGACCACAGCCAAUUUCCCAGAUGUGAUGAUGCCCUCCUACUCCCGGAACCCCUGGUCCUGCGUCUUCUUCAUCGUGUACCUCUCCAUCGAGCUGUAUUUCAUCAUGAACCUGCUUCUGGCUGUGGUGUUCGACACCUUCAAUGACAUUGAGAAACGCAAGUUCAAGUCUUUGCUACUGCACAAGCGAACCGCUAUCCAGCAUGCCUACCGCCUGCUCAUCAGCCAGAGGAGGCCCGCCGGCAUCUCCUACAGGCAGUUUGAAGGCCUCAUGCGCUUCUACAAGCCCCGGAUGAGUGCCAGGGAGCGCUAUCUUACCUUCAAGGCCCUGAAUCAGAACAACACACCCCUGCUCAGCCUAAAGGACUUUUACGACAUCUAUGAAGUUGCUGCUUUGAAGUGGAAGGCCAAGAAGAACAGAGAGCACUGGUUUGAUGAGCUUCCCAGGACGGCGCUCCUCAUCUUCAAAGGUAUUAAUAUCCUUGUGAAGUCCAAGGCCUUCCAGUAUUUCAUGUACUUGGUGGUGGCAGUCAACGGGGUCUGGAUCCUCGUGGAGACAUUUAUGCUGAAAGGUGGGAACUUCUUCUCCAAGCACGUGCCCUGGAGUUACCUCGUCUUUCUAACUAUCUAUGGGGUGGAGCUGUUCCUGAAGGUCGCCGGCCUGGGCCCUGUGGAGUACUUGUCUUCCGGAUGGAACUUGUUCGACUUCUCCGUGACAGUGUUCGCCUUCCUGGGACUGCUGGCGCUGGCCCUCAACAUGGAGCCCUUCUAUUUCAUCGUGGUCCUGCGCCCCCUCCAGCUGCUGAGGUUGUUUAAGUUGAAGGAGCGCUACCGCAACGUGCUGGACACCAUGUUCGAGCUGCUGCCCCGGAUGGCCAGCCUGGGCCUCACCCUGCUCAUCUUUUACUACUCCUUCGCCAUCGUGGGCAUGGAGUUCUUCUGCGGGAUCGUCUUCCCCAACUGCUGCAACACGAGUACAGUGGCAGAUGCCUACCGCUGGCGCAACCACACCGUGGGCAACAGGACCGUGGUGGAGGAAGGCUACUAUUAUCUCAAUAAUUUUGACAACAUCCUCAACAGCUUUGUGACCCUGUUUGAGCUCACAGUUGUCAACAACUGGUACAUCAUCAUGGAAGGCGUCACCUCUCAGACCUCCCACUGGAGCCGCCUCUACUUCAUGACCUUUUACAUUGUGACCAUGGUGGUGAUGACGAUCAUUGUCGCCUUUAUCCUCGAGGCCUUCGUCUUCCGAAUGAACUACAGCCGCAAGAACCAGGACUCGGAAGUUGAUGGUGGCAUCACCCUUGAGAAGGAAAUCUCCAAAGAAGAGCUGGUUGCCGUCCUGGAGCUCUACCGGGAGGCACGGGGGGCCUCCUCGGAUGUCACCCGGCUGCUGGAGACCCUCUCCCAGAUGGAGAGAUACCAGCAACAUUCCAUGGUGUUCCUGGGACGGCGAUCAAGGACCAAGAGCGACCUGAGCCUGAAGAUGUACCAGGAGGAGAUCCAGGAGUGGUAUGAGGAGCAUGCCCGGGAGCAGGAGCAGCAGCGACAGCUCAGCAGCAGUGCAGCCCCCGCCGCCCAGCAGCCCCCAGGCAGCCGCCAGCGCUCCCAGACCGUUACCUAGCCCAGCGCCUGAAAGCCGUCUCUUCUAUGCAAUAACACAAUAGUAUUACUCUACUGCGAUGUACGGAACUGCGGUGUGUGUACACAUACUCACGUAUAUGCACGUAUUUAUAUACAGGAAGAAAGAAGACAGACAAGAUGGGGCUUGGUUUAUAACCACCUUGCCCUGUCUUCCUUAACUCCAGAAGCCAGUUUGGUGAGGGGUGGGGUGCGGCCACCAGAUCUGAGUUCUUCCUACUGUGGAAGGCUCCAGAAGGCCCUUCACAAGGAGACCCCUCACCUGGAUCCAGUCGACUGCGGGGCUUGCCCCUCAUGUGGGCUGGCCUCCAUCGGCCACGUCCAAAGCUGUCACUGCUACUGCUUCAGGCUCACGUCCCCCCGACCUGAUGGCGUGUCCGCCCCCUCUCCCUGCGGCCCAUGCCACAGGUUUCUGUGUUUUGCUUUAGGGACAGAACCACUUAGGAAGGAAAGAACUCCCGGUCUCCAGGGUGAUAUUUCAGUGUCUGUGAUAAUGUCACGCAACACCUCUUCGGGGACCAGUGCCCAGGAUCUAAUGGGAAGCAGAAUUGGGGCAACUGUGCCCAUGUGGCCAGAGCUCAGUUAGCCAGUGCCGGGCGGCCGCAGAUUACACUGACCAAUCUCCACCCUUGGCUCUGCAAGCCUCCCACCCAGCCUUCUCUGGCUUAAUCCUUGUUGGCGAAAACCUUUCCACAGUGGCCUCCUUGGGGACCCAGAACCCGGAGGAAGGGGCAUGAGGCAGGAAGUGGGGCCGAUGUCUGCAACCCAGACCACUUCGUGGAAUGGGCUCUUGACCAAAUCCCUUUUUUUGCGAUUUACCCAUUCAAGCAAAACAACGUUUUGGUUAACUAAGGAUUGUGCUAAAGCUGAUACCAGGUCCUUCACACAUGUGCACUAGGAACAGGAGCAAACAGCACAGAGAGAUGCUCCCUGUGGGACGCAGCAGCCCCAUGGCCCCGGCCCAGUUCCCAGCCACCCUCCCUGGCUCUGCUCACACCAGAGAUUUCCAUAGCAGGAGCUGUUGGUGCAGAAGUAGGUUCAGAUGAACCUCAGUUAACGUCGCCACCCCUCCUCCCACCAUGGUACCCUGUAGGAGCCCUGUAUGACAUCUGAGCGUGGUGGAGGUAGGAGGGUUGCCAGCUGCAGUGACCCUGCCACAGAGGCAGGGUCAGUGCAGAGGUUGCUUUGGUUCCGCUUCCCCGGGCCACAGAACGGAACACAGCACAGGUUCUGCAGCAGGAGCCGCAGUGGCAGGAUGGAGUGUGCGAAGGGCAAGGAGUGCACUGCUGGGCAUUCCUGGCCAGCCCCGGCCCUCUGGUGCCUGCUUCCUGUGACUUCAGAAGGCAGGUGGACAGAGGCUCCCUCUGGCCUUGUCCUUUUCCCAGCCACAGAACGGGCAGGGUGGCACCCGACCCCAGGGGAGCAGUACCUGAUCCCCCAACCCCUCCUCCCAACCACCUCCAAGGCCAAGCUGGGUCCCAUAGCCAGCACGGCAUGGUUCUCCCCUUCCCCCCUUCCAGGGUCAGGGGAGUUGGACAAGUGGCAGGUGUUUGUUUUUAAAGCACAGCCCUUUGGGAAAGCAACACAUUAUUGAGACUCACUGUGAUUACCCUGGGAGUCAGACUGGCUUUGUCCUCUUCCUCUCUGGAGGGCCAUGGGCCAUCAGCGGGAGCUCCAUCGAGCCCCAGGCCAGAACCCCCUCCCUUUCACAGAGAGGGAACUUUAUUGCACAAUUGGGUGCCUUUUAGCUUUUGUGUGUUGAAAUGGGCAUUUUGGAAGCAAGGGUCAGGGGACAGCUUCUAAAGGUGUGAGUCUCUGACCUGAGCAUCUGGGCCUUGCCUCGGCCCUUCUUCCUCCCCAGGGGUGGAAACCUGGAGGGGCCAGCAGCACCCCGGGGUCUGCCCAGGGGAGUCAAGGCCCCGAGGUGGGGGGGCCUAUUCCAGGAGGAGGGGGAUCUCGGCCCUGUCCAGAGCGAGUUAAUGUGUCCAUCUGCCCAACCCUGUCCUGAGAAAGGACCUGGUUUUGGCCAGGACCCGACAAAUACCCAAUGGCAGCAGUGUCAACAGACGGGAGUCCAGCCAGGGUGGGUGCCCUUGUCAUUGAGGUUAGGGACAGCUAUCCCCAGGUUAUGCCUGGCCCCACCCAGCAGGGAGUUGGGGUCCCCCCCACAGGCUGUGAGCUCUGUGGGCCCUGGGAUGUGAUCUAGCUCAGAUGCCCUCUCGUCCUUGAUGUCACAGUUGAGUGCACCCAAGUGGCACCCACUGGCGGCAGGGGCACAGCCUGGUGGUGGCGGUAAUAGAACUGUGCCCCUCCUCAGCUCCUCGCUUCCCCUCCCACAUCCCCAGCCUUACUCCACCAUGCGGACAAUCAUUUUGUACGGAUCACGGGAGCAAUGCUGUACGGUUUUGUACAUUGGUGGUUUGUUUCCUAGGAAACCCACUGUGUCUCUCGAUUUCUAGCAUAUUAAUAAAAGAGCCUCUGCUUUGUAAA